AUGACAGGAGCACGAACAUUCGUGCUCAAUGAAUGCCCCCAGCAAGAUUCGAACACGCGACCGCUAGCACAGCAAGUAGGAUCACUACAAACUGAGCCAAACGUGUCGUUGAAGAAUAAUUUUUCUUUCGUAUAUGCUAAAGAUUCAUUAAAACCGAUUCACAAAGCGUAUUUACGUGAACAAAACCCUGAAAUACCUAGUGAUAUAUCCAAUCUGCAAGUCUGUUAUAGCCCU